AUGGUUCGUCUCUUUGAUUUCAAGUCAGACAAGCACUUCGUUGCUUCCUCCGACAGAACUAACCUCAAAGUCUACCAAUUGAGCCACCCUAUUACUUCUCCUUCUUCCAUUCGAAAAACUCAUUGGAGGGAAAUAGUGAGUAUCAUCAGUUCUCGUGACGAUGGCAGUGACGACGACGAUGACGAUGCAGCUGCUGAGAGCCAACUGCAGGAGCACUGCUAUGAUGGGUUGUUGUUCUUUGAUGGCCAUGGGAAGAUAGAGGGGCGGGAGGCGUUGACCAAGCUAGCCCAACACCUCACACGUCUACACUUGAUGGUGAGCCCCGGAGGAUACUGUUUCCAGGACGCGGCCGAGCUAGGCGAGUACAAGGACUUCGGGGUUCACUACCUGCGAUUGAAUGAUCAGUUCGAUUGGUCUCGUCAUGGCGUUAAUCUCGUCACGACCACCGUGUGGCCGCGAUUGAAGUUGAAGUACGUCGUACCAAAGCAAGGGAACCCAUCGAGACCAGCCACCGUAGAGGGAGGAGUUAGCAAGGAGAAGUAUGACGAGUUGAAGACGUUGGUGAAAGAGAAGGAUAAGGAGUUGGAGAAGUUGAGGGAGGAGAUGGACGACGAGCUGCAGAAGCUGAGCGAAGAAAGAGAUGAGGAGUUGCAAAACUUAAGGGAGGAGAUGGAGAAAGCAAGUGAAGCGAAGAAUGAAGAACUGAGGAAGUUGAGGAAAGAAAAGGAUGAGGAGCUGCGAAAACUAAUAAAGAAAAAAGACGGUGAACUGCAAGUGCUCAAAAAGGGAGGAAAUGAUGGAGAAACUUUGAAAAAAAUUAGAAAGGAGAAGGAUGAAGAACUGCGAAAGCUAAGGAUCGAAAUGGAGGAGGAGAUGGAGAAGUUGAGGAGGCAGAAGGAUGAAGCAGCAGAGGAGGUUGAAAAGGCGAUGGAAGAAGAAACUAUGAAGAAACUGAAUGAGAAGGACGACGAACUUCGAAAGCUAAGAAAGGAUAAGGACGAGGAGUUGCGAAAGCUAUUACAAAAGAAAGAAAUCAAAUUGCAAAUAAUUAAAAAGGGGAAGGACGAGGAGCUGCAAAAGCUUAGGGAUGAGAUGGAAGAAGAGACAGAGAGGCUAAUAAGGGUGAAGGACGAAGAAGUGGAAAAGAUUGAAAAUGAGAAAGAGGAGCUGCAAAAGUUACUAAAGAAGAAGGAUGACGAAUUGAAGGCUCUUAAGAAGGUGAAGGAUGGUGAAGCUAUUUCGCAAAAGUUGCAGAAGGAAAAGGUCGAGGAAUCUCAAAAACUAACUCGAGAAAAGGAUGAGGAUAUGGAAAAACUACGAAGGAACAAAGAUGAAGAAGAAAACAAGGCAAUUGAGAAGAAAAAAAUCGACGACACAUUACGACAGUUGGGCGAGAGAGAUGAUGAAUUGCUUAAGCUAAGGCAGGUGGCUGAUGAGAUGGAGAUCAAAAUGAGGGAAGAGGAAGAGCAAGUGCAAGAUUUGAGAAAGAUGAAGAAAUGUGACGAACUUGAAGAGCUUAGAGAAAAACUAUCCUCAAGUUUAGCCGACAUUGCACGCGUCAAGAAAGAACUAGAGCAAUGCUGUGAGAAUUCAUGGUCGGAUUCAGCUAGGAAAACUAAAAUCUUCUUGGAGCUUCAGCUCUCAAUGAACCAGGAGGAGUGGCAAAUCCACUCAAGGCAAAGACGCCCCGUGCCACCAGAAACGUUCCGGUGUGAAGGCAUCGAUACGUACUCUGGGUACCGUUAUUUUUACGUGCCCAAGAUGAGGGAUGGACAGCUAAAUCCAUUUUGUGAAAUAGCUUUAUUGGUGAACGAGGAGAUGACUGCAAGGUCGUUGCUGCCGCCAUUGGUGCAUGUCGAAACUCGCAUUGUUGGGCAAUUCGACGUGAACAAUUGGUGGUUUACGAAAGCACUUCAUCGCGAAGGUGGGGUGACGAUGUUGGCGUACUAUGACGGUCAUCGGGAUCACGUUCGGGUUAAUACGCCGAUGACAGAGAGACCGAUUCGGUUGCCGUAUUCCAAGAAUGAAGAUGUUUAUGCAGACCGGAGGUUUUUCUUUGUUAGUAUGGGCAACGAAAUCAGAUUGGCCUUCGCCUAUCGAGUAUAG